AUGCUCUUCACUUGUGCUCUGGUAUUUGUGUUACCCGGGUAUAUUUUUGGGCAAUACCUGCCAUUGUUGGAUACUGACUACGAGCAAUCAGCGGAGUACAAUGCAUACUCGGCGUUUCAGGGACCAGAUUCCAAUUUAAUGCAGGAUUUCUAUCAAAACAACAAAUUGGAUAAAAGUGCAGAUAUAGCAGGAGAAUCGCAUAGUAAUGAAGAGUUCGACGAAGCCGAUAGUACGAUUGUAUUAGGUCCAGAUAUAUUUUUAAAGUCCUACAAAUACCAAAUAUGGGAGGAACCUGACCCUGAUUUGGUGCGUUACCACGAUAUGACAGGAAAGGAAUCUCCAAAAGUAUGCGAUGAAAAAAAACCAAUUUAUUGCUCUAAAAGGGAUUUUGUGGAAGGUGCACAUAAGCCUGUAGCCUACAAUCCUCAUGAACAACGUUUACCUUGGCCGAGCACAACAAUAUAUUACAAAUUUCACAAAAAUGUGUCGAAGGAGAAAGAAAAACGAGUUAAAGAUGAUCUUCGAAUGUUUGAGCAAAAAACGUGCUUAAAGUUUAUUCCAUUACCUAACCGUACCGAAAUCAAAGAUUAUAUCUUGUUUCGGGAAGAAGACGAUUGUUUUUCAAGGGUUGGGUAUAAAGAACGACCACACAAUGCUUAUAUUAGGCAUGAUUAUUGUAAUACUGCUUUUAUAAUUAUUCACGUAUUGAAUUUUGAUCAUAUCCACAAUGAUAUAUACCGCGACGAAUAUAUAGAUUAUAAGAAAGAAAAUUGUAAACAAAGUCAAAAUUACAAAAAACAGAAUACAAGUAACUUUGAUAUAAGAUAUGACUACUUAAGUCCUUUACACUAUUCAAAUUGCGCAGCCGCAAAAGGGGACGAUCCUGUAUUUACGUUUACAUUUUGCCCCUCUAUAGAAUUGGAACGUGAAUCACAAAAAGUACCUGUAACCGAAUGGGACUAUUUUAAGAUUAAUAGGAUGUAUUGUGACAAGUGGUACUAUAAUAAUAAAAAAUCAAAUUAAUUCUAUUAACAAAAGCAUCAUGGCCCAUGCAUGGGCCAGGGAUAUAAAUAAAUUAAGCAGAAAAUAAUCUUAUGUUAUCUUCAAAUUAUCUGUCACUGUUUCAUACGAAUGUAAGCAUAAAGAAUAUGCAAUAGUUUCAGUCACAAAUAAAACUCUAAUGAGAAGAGAUGCACCGCGAACCAUCUCUACUUUA